ACACAAACAACGAGAGAGAGAUGCGGAGAGAGAGCGUGGACAGAAAUCGCGCGUGUCCCUGAAGCUUACGAUCCCACCAAUUUCGUUACUCUCCGGCGACACCCAGAUCCAUGGUCCCACAAUUCCCCCCACCCCUUCCCUUAAAUUAUUCAUAAACCCCUCUCCCUCCUUUUAUUCUUUUCAAACUUUUUUCCAGAUCGUACGCACUCUUUUUAUUUCACCUCUUCUAACUUCAUCGAUUAAUUAAUUAUUAUCAACAAUUUAUAAUUUCUAACGCCGUGAUUUCGUGUUAAUUGAGCUCGAUUCUAUGCAAUCCGGCGGCGCACAUGGCCGGAACACGGCGGCGUCUGCCUCCCAAUCGCCGUCGUCUUCGUCGUCCGCCGUUCCGGAUCAACACAGACCCCACCAGUCCUUCCAUCAACAGUUACUUAGGAAACCCGAUGGGACUGAAGCUAUGUUAGGAUUCCAGGGUGGACUUCAUGGAGAGUUGGGAGGAAAUAUUGGGUCAAAUUCUGGCUCUAUGCUUGUACAACCUAGAAGUAGGGAGGAAACACAUAAUAGGAAUCAUGGAUUUGACCUACAAAUGCUGAACCCAGCACAGCACUCCUACUUGCAGUAUCACUCAGCACAACAGAAGUCAGCUCCAGGGAUGCAGUCUCAGCACCCAAGCAAAUUAGGAAUGGCUGGGCCUUCUGUGCAAGACCAUGACAUGCGGAUGGGAAAUAUACAAAUGCAGGAUCUGAUGUCCAUUCAGGCUUCAGCAUUGUUAUCAAACAAGAAACCAGAGCAUUUUGGUCAUGAUGAGAAGCUAAGUGAGGAACAGAGAAGUGAUUCCAAGCCUCCUGUUCAAACAUCACUUGGACAACUGAUGCCUGGGAAUAUGACAAGCCCUAUGCAGAUACCACAAUAUCAGCAAAACAUCCAAAAUAUGGGUAAUCAGUUUGCAAUGGCCGCACAGAUGCAGACAAUUCAGGCUUUGGCACUUGAUCGUAAUAUUGAUAUAUCUGUUCCUGCAAAUGCAAAUUUUAUGGCACAACUUAUGCAAAUGCAAUCCAGGAUAGCUCCACAGCAUAAUAAGCCAAAUGAAACCAAUUUAGGGGAAAAGUCUUUGUCCGUCACAAUGCCAAAGCAGCAGGUAACUUCCCCACAAGUUGCAAAUGAAAGUUCUCCACGUGGUUGCUCAUCCAGUGAUGUGUUGGGCCAUUCUUCUUCAGCUAAAGUGAUGAAACAGACAGGUCAACCUGGCCUGUUUUGUGCAUCAACUGCUUCCCUGGUUCCCAAUGCCAAUAACCACCCACUGCAAACAUUUUCUGCUCAUAGCAGUGAUAGUCAGUUGUUAUCAAGACAGCGUACCAUGAUAGAUAAUGGAGUUCCUCCCAUGCAUACUCCACAGUCAUAUGUUAACCAGAACCAACAAGUAGAUGCUAAGCCAAUCCAGCGAUCUUCUCCUCUCUCAGCAGCUUCACCAAGUGAAGGGGGAUUAGUGAAUCCUUCAUUUCAGGGUGGACCACUCACUCACUUGCCACAACAAUUAGGAUUUACAAAACAGCAAUUACAUGUUCUUAAAGCUCAAAUACUGGCUUUUAGGCGUUUAAAGAAAGGAGAUGGAACACUUCCACAUGAAUUACGACAGGCUAUAGCUCCCCCACCUCUUGACGAACAGAUGUUGCAGGCAUCACAGCCUGGGCCAACAGAUGCAUCUGGUGGGAGAAAUGUACGCAUGGAAGAUCAUAUUAAACGUGUGGAAUGCAGUGAGAAAGAUCUGCCCACUUUUUCAUCAAAUGACAGGCUUAGUAAUGUCAAAAGAGAAGCAGUUGCUGAAGAUGAGAAAAGAAAUUCUUCUAGACAAAUUGUACGAGCUGUACUGAAAGAGUCACCAUCAGCUCCUCCUCAAGAAGAAGAGCAUCAAACAACUAUCUCUUCUGCUAAAGUGGAAGAGGAAGAUCAUGGGAUUCAAGGAGAUGGUAUUGCAAGAAGUGAUGUGCAUGUGGAUAAGGGUAAGGCAGGCUCUUCAGUAGCUCCUCUCUCUGAAACAGUGCAAGUGAGAAAACCCUUCCAAGUAAGCACCACACCUCAACCGAAAGAUACUGGACCUACUAGAAAGUAUCAUGGACCACUGUUCGAUUUUCCCUUCUUUACACGAAAACAAGAUUCAUAUGGAUCAGCAGCAACAGUGAACAAACAUAACAAUAUGACCUUGGCAUAUGAUUUGAAGGAUCUUCUUUCUGAGGAAGGAAAGGAAGUUCUUAUCAGGAAAAGGACAAAAAAUAUUAAAAAGAUUGGUGAUCUGCUUGCAGUAAACUUAGAAAGAAAAAGAAUCAGACCUGAUCUUGUAUUACGAUUGCAAAUUGAAGAGAAGAAGCUAAGGCUCUUGGAUGUGCAGGCACGCUUGAGGGAUGAAGUUGAUCAACAACAGCAGGAAAUAAUGGCAAUGCCAGACAGGCCUUAUCGGAAAUUCGUACGACUCUGUGAGCGUCAACGUGCAGAUCUCAGCAGGCAAGUUCAAGCCUCUCGAAAAGCCAUUAGGGAGAAGCAACUGAAAUCAAUAUUCCAGUGGCGUAAGAAGCUACUUGAGGCUCACUGGGCCAUGCGUGAUGCUCGAAUUGCACGUAAUAGGGGAGUUGCCAAGUAUCAUGAGAGAAUGUUGAGGGAGUUCUCAAAACAGAAGGAUGAUGGUCACAAUCAAAGGAUGGAGGCUCUGAAGAAUAAUGAUGUUGAAAGGUAUAGGGAGAUGUUACUGGAGCAACAAACUAGUAUUCCUGGUGAUGGUGCAGAGCGGUAUGCUGUCCUCUCGUCAUUUUUGUCUCAGACAGAAGAGUACCUUCACAAACUUGGCAGUAAAAUAACUGCGACAAAGAGUCAGCAGGAGGUUGAGGAGGCAGCAAAUGCUGCUGCAGCUGCUGCAAGGGCUCAGGGUCUAUCAGAAGAAGAAGCAAGAGCUGCGGCAGCUUGUGCUGGAGAGGAAGUAACAAUAAGAAAUCGUUUUACUGAGAUGAAUGCACCAAAAGAUAGCUCCUCUGUCAACAAGUAUUAUAAUCUUGCGCAUGCGGUGAACGAAAAGGUUUUCAGGCAGCCAUCAAUGCUACGAGCGGGGACUUUACGGGAUUAUCAGAUUGUUGGUUUACAGUGGAUGCUUUCCUUGUAUAACAACAAGCUCAAUGGAAUUUUAGCAGAUGAGAUGGGUCUAGGGAAGACGGUACAGGUCAUGGCAUUGAUUGCUUAUCUGAUGGAAUUCAAAGGCAACUAUGGCCCACAUCUCAUUAUUGUUCCCAAUGCUGUGUUAGUCAACUGGAAGAGCGAGCUUCACAAUUGGCUACCAUCAGUAUCCUGUAUUUACUACGUUGGUCAAAAGGAUCAGCGCGCAAAACUAUUUUCACAAGAGGUCUGUGCUAUGAAGUUUAAUGUACUUGUGACGACGUAUGAGUUUGUCAUGUAUGAUCGUUCAAAACUCUCGAAGGUUGAUUGGAAGUACAUUAUAAUUGAUGAAGCGCAACGUAUGAAGGACAGGGAAUCUGUUCUUGCCCGCGAUCUUGAUAGAUAUCGCUGCCAAAGGCGCUUGCUUCUUACAGGAACGCCGUUGCAGAACGAUCUUAAAGAGCUCUGGUCACUUUUGAACCUACUCCUUCCAGAAGUGUUUGAUAAUCGGAAAGCAUUCCAUGAUUGGUUCUCAAAACCUUUUCAACGGGAAGGUCCUGCACAUAAUGUUGAGGAUGACUGGCUCGAGACAGAGAAAAAAGUUAUCAUUAUUCAUCGGCUUCAUCAAAUUCUUGAACCUUUUAUGCUCAGACGUCGUGUUGAAGAUGUGGAAGGUUCACUUCCACCAAAGGUGUCGAUUAUAUUAAGAUGUAAAAUGUCAGCUAUGCAAGGUGCCAUUUAUGAUUGGAUCAAAGCUACUGGUACUUUACGUGUUGACCCUGAAGAUGAACUGCUGAUGAGUCAGAGAAAACCUAUGUAUCAAGCUAAAGUAUUUAGAACGUUAGCUAAUAGGUGUAUGGAACUUCGUAAAACUUGCAAUCACCCUUUACUCAAUUACCCAUAUUUUAAUGAUCUCUCCAAGGAUUUUCUUGUUAGAUCAUGUGGGAAAUUGUUUGUUCUGGAUAGGAUCCUAGUAAAGCUUCAGAGGACUGGGCACCGAGUAUUGCUUUUUAGUACCAUGACAAAACUCCUAGACAUUUUGGAAGAAUAUUUACAGUGGCGGAGACUUGUUUACCGUCGAAUAGAUGGAACGACUAGCUUAGAAGACAGAGAAUCAGCUAUUGUGGACUUCAAUAGUCCUGAUACUGAUUGCUUUAUUUUCUUGCUAAGCAUUCGGGCUGCUGGGAGAGGCUUAAAUCUUCAGACUGCUGACACUGUUGUCAUAUAUGAUCCCGAUCCAAACCCUAAGAAUGAGGAGCAAGCAGUUGCCAGAGCUCACCGCAUUGGGCAGAAGAGAGAAGUUAAAGUAAUCUAUUUGGAAGCAGUAGUUGAUAAAAUUCCGAGCUAUCAGAAAGAAGAUGACUACAGGAAAGGAGGUAUGGUUGAUUCAGAGGAUGACCUUGCUGGAAAGGAUCGAUAUAUAGGUUCUAUCGAGGGUCUCAUACGGAAUAAUAUUCAACAGUAUAAGAUUGACAUGGCAGAUGAAGUCAUCAAUGCUGGUAGAUUUGACCAGAGGACAACACAUGAAGAGAGGCGAUUAACCUUAGAGUCAAUGUUACAUGAUGAAGAGAGAUAUCAACAAAGUGUUCAUGAUGUUCCUUCACUUCAGGAGGUGAAUCGUAUGAUAGCAAGAAGUGAAGAGGAGGUAGAACUAUUUGAUCAGAUGGACGAGGAAUUUGAUUGGGAAGAAGAGAUGACUAGAUAUGACCAGGUUCCUAAGUGGCUUCAUGCUAGUAGUAAAGAAGUGGAUGAUACAAUUGCUAAAAGAUCUUCCAAGAAAAAGUCAUUACUUGGGGGAAAUAUAGGAGUGGAAUCCAAUGAAAUUACUUCUGAAGUAUCUACUCAACUUGAGAAGAAAAGGGAAAGGAACAAGGCUAAAAAGUUUCCUGUUUACACAGAAUUGGAUGAUGAUUUUUUUGAAGAGAGUUCCGAAGAGAGGAAUGGACACUCUGGUAAUGAAGUAGAAGUUGAGGAUCUGGAAGAUGAUGACUUUGUUGAUUCUGGUGACUCACCUCCUGGCAAUAAGGAUCGCCUGGAAGAUGGUUCACUUACCGCUGAGGUCUCUGAGGAUCCCCGGCCUUUAGAAAGUCAUAAACCUGAUCAUACACCAGAAAAAGCAGGUUCAUCAGGGUCAUCUUCAGGCAAUCGAAGAUUGAUUCAAAUGGCUUCUUCUUUAUCUUCUCAGAAAUUUGGUUCACUCUCUGCGCUAGAUGCAAGGCCAGGAUCUGCUUCCAGUAGGCUGCCUGAUGACUUGGAGGAAGGAGAAAUUGCCCUCUCCGGAGAUUCUCGGGCAGACCGCCGGCAUUCUGGUAGUUGGAUCCAUGAUCGUGAUGAAGUUGAGGAUGAACAAGUUGUGCAACCUAAAAUAAAACGAAAGCGAAGCAUCAGAAUUAGACCUCGACUUACAACAGGAAAGCCAGAAGGGAAAACUGGUGAGAAAUCAUCUCUCCUUCGUGGUGAUUCCUCUCAGAUACCACUGCAGAUGGGUCAUAAAUACGAUAGAGAACAAAAUCUGGUCGUGGAGCCCAAUUCUCUGAAGCUGGAAAAACGUGAUUUAUCAUUAAAGUGUAGUAGGGCUUUAGAUUUACAGAUAAAAUCAAAUUCUGGAAAAGUGCAUGCAUCACAAAAGCCUAGCAAAGUCAAUGUCUUGUCUGCGCCUUCGGAAGAUGCCACUGAACACUCCAAAGAAAGUCGGGAUAGCAAAGUAAAGCAUGGAGCAGGGAAUUCAAUUGGCCAUAGAAUGUCAGAUGGAGUUCAGCGCAGGUGCAAGAAUGUGAUGAAGAAGUUCCAGAGGACACUAGACAAGGAAGGGCAUCAAAUAGUGCCACUUCUAACAGAACUUUGGAAGAAAAGUGAAGAUACUGGUUACAUGAGUGGGAACUGUCAGAUUCAUAUACAAAAGAUUGACUAUCAGCUUGAAAACUUUGGUUAUAACGGAGUUAUGGAGUUUGUUUCAGAUGUGCAGCUUUUGUUAAAGGGCGCAGUUCAGUAUUAUAAGUUUUCCCAUGAGGUAAGGACUGAAGCAAGGAAGGUGCAUGAUCUAUUCUUUGAUAUAUUAAAGAAGAUUUUUCCAGAAACCGAUUUCCUAGAAGCCAGGGGUGCUGUCUCUUUCUCGGGCCAUGGAGCUUCUACUUCGGCUCCACCUUCAAAACAAAUUCUUGCUGGUCAAGGCAAGCGAGCUAAACAAGCUACCAUGGUGGAUCCUGAUCGUAGCCACAAACAGAAGCCGCUUUCUCGUGGGCUUAGUAAUGAAGACACUCGGAUUAGAAGUCACAUGCCUCACAAAGAGACAAGGCUUGGAAAUAGCAACAGGGAGCUAAACCAGCAAGAAGAUUCCGGUCUCUUCUCUCAUCCAGGAGAACUUGUCAUAUGUAAAAAGAAGAGGAAGGAUAGGGAAAAGUUUUCCGUAAAGUCGGGAAACGUUUCUGCUGGCCCAAUGUCACCUGCGAGUGUUGGCGGUAAUAUUAGAAGCCCAAGCUCAGGCUCACUGUCAAAGGAUACCAGAUUGAUUCAGCAAGGAAGGGAUAAUCAGCCUCCUCAUCAAGCAAAUGUCAGUAGCAGCGGAGGCAUUGGCUGGGCAAAUCCUGUGAAAAGAAUGAGAACAGAUACCGGAAAACGGCGCCCCAGCCAUUUGUAACUUGUCAAGUUAGUUUCUAUAGUGAAAGUAAAGGGAAAAAAUAAAUUGCUAUCCGUCGGUGAAUGUAUAAAUUUGCUCACAUCUGCAGUCACAUGUCAAUAUAUUUUAUACACCUUGUUCAUUGUCCAAUAUUCUCGAAAUUUGGAUGAUCUCUGGGAUUGUCUAGUAAGAUUCUUCUUUGCGGUAACGAUUAAAUUUCGUCUAUUAUCAGAUUUGCAGGAAAUACUCCUAGUUUCAUAUUUGUAGUAUUUUGUCUUUUAAGUUUUAGUGUCCAAGGAUCAUUUGUUGUUUGGAGA